UUCAUGCAUCAUUAAAUUAGUUCAUAUAUAUAUACACACAACAUCUACAUAAAUUUGAGAUAACUUGCACAAUUUAGUAGCUAAGCAAAAGUAAUGGAAGGUGACAAUAACAACAAAGGUAAUACCGCUUCUAAGUAUAGAGGCGUUCGAAGGCGGCCAUGGGGGAAGUUCGCGGCUGAGAUACGUGAUCCUAAGAGAAAUGGUGCUCGUUUGUGGCUUGGAACGUUUGACACGGCCGAGGAGGCGGCUCGUGCUUAUGAUAGGGCGGCCUUUGCCUUGAGAGGUCACCUUGCAAUACUCAACUUCCCUAAUGAACAACACUAUCAUUCUAGUGAUAGUAGUAGUUCUAGUAGUGUUUUUGGUAGAGGAAGCUCUUCUUCUUCUUCUUCUUCUACGUUUUCAAGAGAGCAAGAGGAUCAAAAACAAGUUAUUGAGUUUGAGUACGUGGAUAAUAAUGUGUUAGAGGAGCUUCUUGAUGCACAACAUGAUCUAGUAGGAAGAUAUAAUCAAUAAGUAGUAGAUGUUUUUUAUCUCCUACUUAAAUUAGCAUGUUCUUUAUUAUCUUUUUUUUAUUUUUCUUUUGUUUUUAGGGGUUUAAGUUCCUUCAUAAAUAAUCGAUCUACGUCAAGUUUAUGAUGUACUAUAUCGAUAUCACUACUUUUUAAUAAUCUACUUUCUUUUACUUUCUAA